GGAUUAUUUCAUUUCUAAGUUUAGCGUCGGUUGCGUCUCAGCAGCAUUUCAUUUAGAUGUAAUAUUAGUAACGAAAAAAAAUCACUAAUUUCAUUUGAUUCAAUAUUUUUUGGUGUGUUGAUAAGUAGAAUUCAAGUUAAAGCAAAAAAACAAUUUUUCAAUAUGGACGAAGAUAACAAUGACGUUCCUCGUGUAACUCGCGCUAGAACUCGGCGUCUGUCGACUCUGGACACAGACAGUCGUCCUUCGACGCCGCAUCUUGUGGAUGGAACUAUUGAACGUGCAUCCCCCCCGCCCCUUGCGCAGAACUCGCUUAAACUCGACCACCAUUGAGAUAAGGACUCCCACACGUUCAACUCGUUUGUCCGUGGCACGUGGCGAAACUCCGGAACCGAGCACGCCGGUUAAUGUAUCGUCUGUAAAGCGUGCAACACGCACUCCGGCCAAAUCGGCUCGCAAACAGCUGCCACUGAAGAAGGAAGAGGUCGUGGAAGCUCCGAUGGAUGUGGUCAACGAAGUUGCCGAAUUGGACUUCACACCCAAGAAUUCACCUCAAUCAUCAGAUGAUAGACGCGUAACGCGCUCCAUGUCAAAGACGCCACCAUCUGUGAAACUAUCGAUAAACAGUUCGCUGCAGUUACAAUCUGAUACUAAUAAUUCGGAGGAAAAGAAACAAAAUCAAGAAAAACAAACAAAUGAUGUGAUUACACAAGCUGUGCCCCAACAAGAGCUUUCGCAUUUUGGUGUCGAGGAACAAUCCGCAAAAAGUGCUGAAUCGAAUCAGAAAUCAGAAAUUGUGGCAAAUACAAAGCUACAAAUCAAAAUUAAGAAAAUCAGCGUGGAGACUUCGUUGGCAGAGACCAAAACUCCAAAAUCCAUUGAAGAUGAAACCUCCAGAGAGAUUGUCAUUAGUAAGGUAGAAAAGCCGUCAACCUUAGUAACGGAAAAAUCGAAAGAUAUCUCAGAAUUCGAGGAACAUAAUGUUAACACUGUUGAGCCAAAUCGAGCUGACGGAGAUGUAUCAAUAGAUAAGCAUGUUGUGCCAUCACCCAGCGAUGUUGACGAUAAUCCCAUCAUCGAGGAACGGUCUUCUUUCACAAAGAAGGUGCUCUUUCAUGAUAAAAACACAACAGAGUCUGCUGCCAAGCCAAAAUACCCAAAAACACCAGCGCGCAUUAAUACACCACCCGUAGACUAUUACAAUUUGACGGCAGAGUCCAAGAAGGACGUCAGUGUCAAUAGUGAUACUCCUAUAAAGGCCACUAUAUUGAAGAAACGUAAUAGCUCGACUCCUUUAGCAAAGUCAAGUGGGCUGCUUGUUGAGACAAAUGAAUUAAAUAAGUCAAAUACGAAUGCGGCGCCACCACUUCAAAUUGAUACGAUUAAACCGCGGUCUCCCUCAGAGAUGGUUGCUGCCGAAGUUGUGGUUGAACAAGAUAAACCCUCACGUUGUCUUCUUAGCGAAGAAGAAAGUGAAGAUCGGGAGGAGCAAGAUGAUGAGGAAGACAAUCAGCAAGGUGUGUGCGAAUUCGUGGACAACGAAGUGGAGGUUGUCGAAAAUUAUGAAUCCGGCGAUUCAAUGGAUAGCUCUGAACGCCGAGAGAUUGAAGAAAAUGACAUACCCCACGAUGGCGAAUCUGUUGGCAGCCAGGACACUAAUGAUGAAUGCUCUGAGGAUAGCAACGAUGAAGAGUUAUCCUUCAUUGUGUCCGACAAUGAAGAAGAAGAUAAUCAGGAAGGAAUUGAGGCUUUAUGCUUCUCAUCCGCUUCUGAGCAUGGAUCUGUCGACAGUUACGGCCAGACUACUAAGAAACGUCGACGGAUUAUAGUCCAUGAUAGCGAUAGUGAUGAAGAAGUUGCUGAGCAGGACAAUAAGAAAAAACAGAAAUCAGCUAGCGAUUCGUCAGAUUAUACUAAACGAAUUCUAAGCCCUUUUACAGAGAAGUCCUCAGAAAAUAAACCUAAAACAGCUGAAAAUGUAUCGCUACAUGAUUAUUCACAAGAUGAAGAUUUACAAUACAUUUCCAAUGAAGAAGAUCAAGCUCGUGAUUUAGAUAAGAGUUGUCAUUUCAAUGGCGUUAGUGUCUGCGAAGUUCUCGAUUCCAGCGAAGAAAUAGGGGAAGUAGAUGAGAGGAAUGUUGUAGAGGAGUGUAAACUCGCAUCGAAGAUUGAAAAGUCAUCACAAAAACUUGUUAAACACACCCCAGUAAAAUCGAAAUCUAUGGUCGAGGAAGAGCAUCCCAAUGUUAUGGAGAAUAAAGAGCCUUCUGAAGAUGGUGCUGAUGAAACGCCCAAUGCCGAGCUUCUUCAGAAAACAGUAAAGUCUAUUGAUAAUGAGAAUCCCACUCCUAUGGAGCAGAAUUUAAUCCAUGAAGACAAGGAUGAUACUCCAGAAGCAGUUAUUAAAAAAAUGAAACUAAACUGUAAAUCAAGUGCUUUCCAUUCUAAGCAAAAUCAUGAGGACGAGGCAGUACUGCUGGCAGGAUUGUCUUCUUGUGACUUGUCUCAUUUGCAGCAAAUGUUUAAUCCACUCCAGAAGUCGCGUCGACAAACACUGUACGUUCAAUCUACCGACACUGAACCAAAACCAAAAUUGAAGCGUCGUAGUGAGCAACUAAAUUGCGAUGUCCAACCAUCUCAGUCAUUCAUCGAAACCCUAGACGAGGAAAAACGCCAACAGUCGAAGCGGAAACGGUUGUCAAAGAGUUUCUGCGGUGCACCAGAAGACUCGAAUACCACAAUGGAAGUUUCUUCCAAGAAGCCUAAGAAAAUUAAUGAUGCUAUCAAGAUAUCGUCACCUGAUGGCACGAAAACUGAAACUGCUCUGCACGUUGAGAUUGACAAAGAGAAGGUUGUAUCGUCAUCUAGUGCAAUUGUCAACAAGGAAGAGCUUGUGACAGAAGAUGCGAGUCCUAAGAAGCAAGCGCAUCCUCAUUUAAAGGAUACGGAUUAUUAUCUGGAAUACUGUGAGGAAAUUCUUCAGGCGGCUAAUAAAGCGAAGCUUGAGCAAAAGAAGCAACAAAUUUCUGCUGGUAAGAUAAUAAAAAGUGUUCAAAAUCCUGUUGGAGCAACCUCCAAGCCAGAGCACCCUGACCAACCGACUAAUGCCAAGAAGGGUGUAAAGCGUUUACAGGCCGCUAGGAAUGCUGUCAAGCAUGCUAUGCAUCUUCUAGUCUCAGACACAGCAAGCAAAGAGCUUCAGACACUGGCUCGCAAAUUGUCGCCUCAACCUGAUGUAGCAAGUAAGACAAAAAAAGUGAAGAAGCAAAUUGUAAGGAAGAGGUCAAAAGUGAACAAACCAUCGCCAAUGAAAAGCUCUGAUGAGGAGAAUCAUCAUGCCAUUAAACGUAUUAAAACCAGUGCUGGAUAUGUAUUAAUGUCCAAGGAUGUCAAGGAUAGAGUUGAACUUAUUAAGACGCGAUCAGGCAUCGUUAAAGUGGAGCCGUGCACACCAACCCAAAAAUAUUUCAGAGAGCUUCCACCAACUCCAGAGAGCCGUUCAGGUUUUCAGGAAAGGCCUGAUACUUCAAAAGAGUUUAAAAAAGAAGCUAGAAGUUGGAACACGCAGUACUGUGAGUCGGAACCCGGCUACAGAAUCGGCACUUCGAUUCAAGCGGGAAAUGUUCAAUAGAAAAUAAAAAUAAGGAAUAUACGUAUAUAUUUACAUGCGAAGCGAACAGCGCAAUGUGGUCAUUUUUUUUUAUUUUAUAUAUUUUCUUGAAUGUUAAAAAAAAUAUUUUUUGAAAUUGUUUUCUGCGUUAAAACGAGCUUUUUUCUUUUCUUGCAAAUUCAACAAAUUGUAUUAUGGUAUUAAAAUAAUUUACAUUAAUGUUAAAAACA